AUCAUACUCGCCACGUGUCUAAAACUGAUGCCGUUGCAGUAGAGUGAUGGUCAACGACAGAAAUCCGAAAAUUCGUCGUUCUGAUGUUUUCCUUUUUGAAGAAGAAGAAUCGUGAAACAGGAAAGACAGGUCGAACCUUCUCCAACUGAAGAUCUCUGAGCAAUCUCUGUUGGAAACUCAGGCAAAACCCAUCUCGACAAUCCUCGGAAAACAGAAAACACAGGUAGAACUUUCUCGGACGAGAUUCUAAGUACUCUUUUGCAUCUGGGGUUUUUGGGGUUAGUACCCAAGCAUCUGAAAUCUGAAUCCUUGAUCUGUUUUCUGUGUAAAGUUUUGAAUUUUUUUUUUUUUUUUUUUUUCACUCUGUUCUCUUGUGAAUGAGUGCAGAGGGGAUGGUGAAUGAUGUGGGAAACAAUCCGAAGUUAACGGUAUUGCCUCUAAUUGCUUUGAUUUUCUAUGAAGUAUCUGGGGGUCCAUUCGGUGUAGAGGAUUCAGUUAGGGCAGGAGGGGGUCCUCUUUUAUCUUUGCUGGGUUUCUUAGUGUUUCCCUUGAUUUGGAGCAUCCCAGAAGCUCUGGUUACGGCGGAGCUGGCCACGAGUUUCCCUGAAAAUGGUGGUUAUGUUAUCUGGAUUUCUUCAGCUUUUGGUCCCUUUUGGGGGUUCCAAGAAGGGUUUUGGAAAUGGUUUAGUGGGGUGAUGGACAACGCCCUUUAUCCUGUGUUGUUUCUUGAUUACUUGAAGCAUUCUUUUCCUUUAUUUAAUAGGUUAAUUGCUAGGAUUCCAGCUCUUUUAGGGAUCACAGUUUCAUUGACAUAUUUGAAUUAUAGAGGAUUGCACAUUGUUGGGCUUUCUGCUGUUUUGUUAGCUGUUUUCUCGCUUUUCCCUUUUCUUGUGAUGGCGAUUCUUUCGGUUCCUCAUAUAAGGCCUAAGCAGUGGCUAGUUGUGGAUUUUAAGAAGGUGGAUUGGAGGGGUUACUUCAAUAGCAUGUUUUGGAACCUGAAUUAUUGGGAUAAGGCAAGUACACUUACAGGGGAGGUAAAAAAUCCGAGUAAAACCUUCCCAAAGGCACUUUUUGGUGCUGUGAUUUUGGUGGUUUCUUCAUAUUUGAUUCCACUUUUAGCUGGUACAGGGGCUUUGCACACUUCAUCUAGCAAGUGGAGUGAUGGGUAUUUUGCAGAAGUUGGGAUGUUGAUUGGAGGAUUUUGGCUUAAAUGGUGGAUUCAAGCAGCUGCUGCAAUGUCUAAUCUGGGUUUAUUUGAAGCUGAGAUGAGCAGUGAUGCCUUCCAACUCCUUGGAAUGAGUGAGAUGGGAAUGCUUCCAGCCAUCUUUGCUUCAAGGUCAAAAUAUGGGACACCUACCGUAAGCAUUCUAUGCUCAGCCACAGGAGUUAUCUUCUUGUCUUGGAUGAGUUUUCAGGAAAUUUUAGAGUUCCUUAACUUCUUAUAUGCCAUAGGAAUGCUUCUUGAGUUUGCUGCUUUUAUAAAAUUGAGAUUAAAGAAGCCAGAUCUUCAUAGACCUUAUAGAGUUCCAUUGCAGACAUGUGGAGCAACAAUGCUUUGCCUACCUCCUGCAAUGUUGCUUAUUCUUGUAAUGUGCCUAGCUUCCUUAAAGACAUUCUUAGUGAGUGGUGCAGUUAUUCUUCUUGGGUUCUUCCUGUACCCAACUCUGGUCCAUGCAAAGAAUAGGAAAUGGACUCGGUUUGAAACAGAACAGCCAGCAGCUCUUUUAAGUACCAGCCUUGGAGGCCAUCUGGACGUCCCAGAAUCACGCCAAGAGGUGAUUGAUGAGGUCUCAGUUAGUCUUCUUCCAGCUUUGUCACCUUCAAAUAUAGAAAAAGAUGGCACUGAAGUCUUGUUGGAAGAGGAUUUAAAGUUAGAGUAAGGAUCACAAUAAUACAUUCUUCUGUAUAAUGAAUCAUGAUUCAUGAGGAAGUUUGAUUUCCUACUACACCACUCAGAAUAUGUACACAAUACCAUGUUUAACAUGGUGGUUAUCAACAAGAGUUAAAAGAUUGAAUAUUGUUAAAUUGAUGUACUUACGAGUUUCUUUAAAUUUUUU